AUGGAUUCACCAUCUAAAAGAGGAAUGCGUAGUUCAGGAGGAUCAUCUGCAGGUGGAUCUCAAAAUUCUAAUGCAGUCAAGUUCGCAAGGAGAACUUCCAGCGGCAAAUACGUUAGCCUAUCCAGAGACGAUCUUGAUAAUUCCGGUGAACAAUCUGGAGAAUACAUGAAUUAUACAGUCCACCUCCCUCCGACUCCGGACAAUCAGCCUAUGGAAAACUCCAUUGCGGCUAAGGCGGAGGAACAGUACGUCUCUAAUUCUCUGUUUACCGGUGGAUUCAACAGCGUCACGCGAGCGCAUCUAAUGGAUAAGGUCAUCGAUUCGGAGGUCUCUCAUCCUCAAAUGGCCGGAUCUAGAGGAUCUGCUUGUCGAAUGCCUAAUUGCGAUGGGAAGAUCAUGAAGGACGAGAGAGGAAACGACAUUAUUCCUUGCGAAUGCAGAUUUAAAAUAUGUCGAGAUUGUUAUAUGGAUGCAUUGAAAGACUAUGGACUUUGUCCUGGUUGCAAAGAACCAUACAGGGUCAGCGAAUUAGACGACGAAGCUGAUUUCUCCGGCCGAGCAUUAGCUUUGCAAGCAGCAGACCACGAUCAUGCUAAAGUAGGAGGUAAUCCUAACAGUUCUAAUAUGUCAGUGGCGAAGAGAAACCAAACAGGGGAAUUCGAUCAUAACAAAUGGCUGUUCGAAUCAAAAGGAACUUAUGGCUACGGUAAUGCAUACUGGCCACCAGACGACCCUAAUGGAGACGAUAACGAAGAAGAUGGUCUCCAUGGAGGAAUGGUUGAACCAAAUGAUAGACCAUGGAAGCCCUUAAGUAGAAGAAUAGCAAUCCCGCCUGAAAUCAUAAAUCCUUACAGACUAUUAAUCGUAAUUCGUUUCAUCGUGCUUGCAUUCUUCUUAACAUGGAGGGUACAACAUCCAAACGAAGAAGCAAUGUGGCUAUGGUUCUUGUCAGUCAUGUGUGAGCUUUGGUUUGGUUUUUCAUGGAUACUUGAUCAGAUCCCUAAACUUAACCCUGUCAAUCGCUCAACCGAUCUCCAAGUCUUACGUGAGAAAUUCGAUAUGCCGUCUCCAACAAAUCCAACCGGCCGUUCAGAUCUCCCAGGAAUCGAUCUAUUCGUAUCAACCGCAGAUCCAGAUAAGGAACCGCCAUUAACAACAGCAAAUACAAUCCUAUCAAUCCUGGCAGUUGAUUACCCUGUAGAGAAAGUCACUUGCUAUGUGUCCGACGAUGGGGGCGCCUUACUAACAUUCGAAGCCAUGGCCGAAGCUUGUAGUUUCGCAGACCUAUGGGUACCUUUCUGCCGUAAGCAUGAUAUCGAACCAAGGAAUCCAGAUAGUUAUUUCGCCCAGAAAGGAGAUCCAACCAAGAACAAGAAGAGAUCCGAUUUCGUGAAAGACAGAAGAAGAGUAAAGCGAGAGUAUGACGAAUUCAAAAUUCGAACGAACAGCCUGGGCGAUUCAAUCCGGAGAAGAUCAGACGCAUUUCACGCUAGAGAAGAGAUGAAAAUGCUUAAGAACAUAAAAGAAAGCAAAGGUGAUCCAAUAGAACCUAUAAGAGUGGCAAAGGCAACAUGGAUGGCAGAUGGAAGUCACUGGCCUGGAACCUGGGCAGUACCUUCCCGCGACCAUUCUAAAGGCGACCACGCCGGAAUUCUUCAGGUAAUGCUAAAACCACCUAGCCCUGACCCUUUAAUGGGUCCUUCCGACGAAGAGAAGAUGAUAGAUUUCUCGGAUGUUGACAUUCGUCUUCCCAUGUUCGUUUACGUUUCGAGAGAAAAACGUCCUGGGUAUGACCAUAACAAGAAAGCGGGAGCCAUGAAUGCAUUAGUUCGAGCCUCUGCUGUAUUGUCGAACGGGCCUUUCAUACUGAACUUGGAUUGUGAUCAUUACAUCUACAACUGUCAGGCUAUUAGGGAAGGGAUGUGUUUUAUGAUGGAUAGAGGAGGGGAAGACAUUUGUUAUAUUCAAUUCCCACAACGUUUUGAAGGAAUCGAUCCUUCCGAUCGGUAUGCUAAUCAUAAUACCGUGUUCUUCGAUGGAAACAUGCGUGCACUCGACGGCGUUCAAGGUCCUGUUUAUGUGGGAACAGGGACAAUGUUUAGGAGAUUUGCAUUAUAUGGAUUCGAACCACCAAACCCAGAUAAGGAUAAGCCGUUAGGUAAUAAGAACAACAAAAUGGAGAAAGAUGGUCACGAAGAUGAAUCAAAUGAAAUCACAGCUGCAGAUUUUGAUCCAGACUUAGAUAAGAACUUAUUGCCAAAGCGUUUCGGUAAUUCAACGUUGCUAUCUGAGUCAAUCGUGGUAGCCGAAUUUCAAGGCCGGCCGCUGGCUGAUCAUCCCGCAGUCAAGUUUGGACGGCCGCCGGGUGUUCUUAGAGUACCUCGCGAACCUCUCGAUGCUGCCACCGUCGCUGAAGGUGUCUCCGUCAUAUCUUGCUGGUACGAGGACAAAACGGAAUGGGGAGAUCGUGUUGGGUGGAUUUAUGGGUCGGUGACAGAAGAUGUGGUAACGGGUUACCGAAUGCACAACCGUGGAUGGAGAUCGAUAUACUGCAUAACAAAGCGAGAUUCUUUCAGAGGAUCCGCUCCAAUAAACUUAACCGAUCGUCUCCAUCAAGUUCUCCGAUGGGCAACCGGGUCAGUGGAGAUCUUCUUCUCAAGAAACAACGCAAUUCUAGCGACAAAAAAACUGAAGCUUCUCCAAAGGCUAGCAUAUCUGAACGUGGGAAUCUAUCCCUUCACCUCAUUAUUCCUAAUCGUAUACUGCUUCAUUCCAGCUCUAUCUCUAUUCUCCGGGUUUUUCAUCGUCCAAACACUAGACGUUGCGUUCUUAGUAUACCUCCUAACAAUAACCCUAUGCCUAAUGGGUUUAGCCAUUCUAGAAGUGAAAUGGUCAGGAAUUGCAUUAGAGCAUUGGUGGAGAAACGAACAAUGGUGGCUGACUUCAGGUACCAGCGCUCAUUUAGCAGCGGUUGUACAAGGUUUACUUAAAGUGAUAGCCGGAAUAGAAAUAUCGUUCACGUUAACCGCCAAGGCUUCAGGAGAUGAAAACGAGGAUAUAUACGCGGAACUGUAUUUAGUGAAAUGGACGUCGUUGAUGAUUCCUCCGAUAGUGAUAGCAAUGAUAAACAUAAUCGCGAUUGUGUUUGCGUUCGCGAGGACGAUAUACAAUCCGAAUCCGGAUUGGAGUAAGUUUAUUGGAGGUGGGUUUUUUAGUUUGUGGGUUUUGGUUCAUCUUUAUCCAUUUGCUAAAGGGUUAAUGGGAAGAAGAGGGAAAACACCGACGAUUGUGUUUGUUUGGUCGGGUUUGAUUGCGAUUACACUUUCUCUUCUUUGGGUUUCAAUUUAUCCACAAUCGGUUGCUGCUGUUCAACAAACUGGAGGUGGUGGUAAUGGUUUUACUUUUCCUUAA